UUAGAUGUUGACAGUUUUAAGGACCACCCUAAUACAUAUAUUAUUCGAAAUAAUGCAAAAAAAAAAGAAUUUUUAAGCUGUAAACUAAAUAGUAUUUGCAUAUGAAUUGUAUGCAUGCAUCCAGUGAUUCUCUGUAGAAAGCAGAAAGUCCAACCGUGGACAACUGAAAACUCAUUUUUGUACAUUUUUUGACGACAACUUGUAAAUUGUAGUAUUCUACUUAUAUUUGUAUUUUGUAUUUUGUAAUUUUUUAAGUAUUAUUCUUAGAGUUAUUUCAUAUCAUGUGCAUACAUACCUAAAUACAUACCAAUCUAUUUUGCAUAAAAUAUAUGUAGAUACAACUGUAUACACGAAUACUGUAAUUUUUGCUGAAUUCCUAUCUCAAAUCAAUCAAAUAAUUGUUUCAUGCAACUAUGAGUAUUUAACUUGGUACUGAAAAAGUAUUUGCUGUAAACCACCUAAUAAAGUGCGUUUUUAUUCAAAACAUUUUUAAUAUAUCAAACUGACGAAAAGCUUUAAAAUAUAAAAAAAUUAAAAUACAAGCGAAACACGAUUUUUAAAUAAGGCAAGACGCAUUUUAAGAUUAACUUAUUGGUAAGUAGUCAUUGUUUUUCGAAUAAACUGAUCGGAUGAUGAGAUUCUAACUUUUGUUGCCACCUUAAAAGUUUUUUUCUAAGGACUUGACUUUUAAUUGAUUAAUUCGAAAUCGAAGCUUCGAGAAUGAAAAAGUUGGCUCGUUUUUCCUUUCCAAGGAGAAGCUUUUAUGUAGUGUCAAAUAAGAAGAAGAAGAAGAAGAAGGUCCAAUAAUUACGAUUUUUCUUCAUUCAUUAAACUUUUAGUUAGGCCAUUUUAAUUGAACGGCAUAGAUACAUAUGCACGUUGGUUGUUAGCGGUUCGCACUAACUUUCAGUAGCACCCAGAUUUUAUGUCGCUCAGGAUAACUUCAAAAUGAGAGGAAUAGCGAUUGUAGUUCUCCUAUAAAACGUUAUCACAAAAAACCAUCUACCGAUCGGAUGUGUCGUAAAAUUGUUAUGUCCUUCAAUUUAUGUUAAAGAAUGUAGACACUUAAAAUUUGUAAUUUUUUGUUUCUUGUUUAAUCUGUAUUUUUGAUUUAUUUAAGGGUCGGCACGCUGCAAUUUGCGAAGGAAUUCCCCAUUACAAGGGAGCAUAUCGACGCUUGAUCGACCUAUCUCGGCAGCCGGUUCGAAUACGUCCUAUCACUGCAAAUUUUUCAAGAACGCACUAUCUCUAUGUAAAUUCAAUAUAUCGGCAACUGAUAUAGGGCGUUUUCAACCAUUUGCUGAGAUAGCACGUUCUUCAACCGAAUUGUGAAUUAGGGAUCUUUUUUUAUAGAGAUAGGUCGCUCUUCCACUCAGCCGUCGAUAAGAAUGUUGUUCUUUCUACAAAAUUCAACGAGUUGUCUGCAAAGGCAGGUGACAGGUUUCGCAACGGACUACUCUUCGCUUUUAUGUACAGUUCAGUCCCAAGAAUGCAUUGCCUUUUAAGAAAGCUCAAUACGAAUUUUCUUUUGACGCAAUUGCCGGCUCUUUUGUCAGCCGCUGGCAUAUCCAGCAGUUUUUUAUUGCCAAAAAGUCCUUUCACAAUGCGCAUGUCACAACUCAAAGGAUAUUUUCUGCCUUAUUUGACGUUUCCCACUUUAUCGAAUCGUGUGCCAACAUAAACAAUGUGAAAAAAUAUUCUCCAAUUUAUUGCUCAAACAAUUAUUUUAUAAAAUUAUAAAUCACGUUUUAGUGAUGAAUUUAAUGCACGGAAUUGUUAUCAUUCUCAGCGCUGUAGUGUUUCUUUUCUACAAACUCUCCAAACAAAGAAGUUCUUCAUUGCAAAACAUUCAGGCAUUGCGGCCACCCAAUCCGGAAACGCCGCAGCCUCCUUCGUUUUCACCGCUAUACGAAUAUGAAAACGGUGCGGUGUGUUCCGACAGCGAUGUUUGCAGCAGAAUCGGCAGGGAUAUUAUGCAGAAGUCGGCAGGUAGCGCCGUCGAUGCAGCCAUUGCCUCACUCUUCUGCAACGGACUGCUGGCCAUGCAAAGCAUGGGGCUCGGCGGCGGUGUACUUAUAAACAUCUAUUCCGGUAGUGAGCAACGUGCCUAUAGCAUUUUGAGCAGAGAGCGAGCGCCACAUCAUUUCCAGUUGCCUGCGACGAAUGUAAGCACCAUCUUUCAAUCGGCUUUGGGUAUUGCAGUGCCCGCUGAGAUUGCCGGCUAUGCGGUGGCGCAUCAACAUUUCGGCAAGCUGCCUUGGCGGCAACUGGUGGAACCGACCACAAAAUUGUGUCGUAACGGUUAUAUACUGACCAAACACCAACGCGAUUCGGUAUAUAUAAAUGGCAAGCUGCUCAAAGAGAAUGCUGUGCUGCGCAAAAUGUUUGUAGAUCCAAAAACUGGCCAAGUGUUUAGAACGGGCGCGCAUGUACGGCCACCGGACGUGCUCUGUCGCACAUACGAAGCGUUGGCGCGGGAUGGACCAGCAGACUUUUACCAUGGCGAUUUGAUGGAGAAAGUUGUAGGUGACUUGCGAGAGUUCGGCAGUCCCAUCAAUGAGUUGGACAUGCAAAAUUUGACAGCCGACUUAGUUUUUUCACCCAAUGUAACUUUGGGUCCAUACACAUUGCACUUCACACCACCACCUGGCAGCGGUUAUGUGGUUGGAUUUGUGAUGAAAAUUUUGGAAAAAUUCCGUAUGAAAUUUGCUACCGUAGGCAAUCUCGAUGCCAAUGGGCUGCAUCGCAUCGUCGAGGCGCUCAAAUUUGGGUUCGUCGAACGUUGGAAGCUGGAUGUUGAGGCGCCGGAAGAGGAAUUAUUCAAUCUUACAAAUGCGACCUUUGCGCGCCAACUGGCUUAUCUAAUUGAUGAGGCGCGUACUUUCCGAGAUGCUACAAGCUAUGGCGCCAGCGAGCACUUGGUGACGCGCACGGAGUAUGGCACAGCGCAUAUAUCGGUGUUGGCGCCAAACGGUGAUGCUGUAGCCGCAACGAGCUCUAUUAACUUUUAUUUUGGCAGCGGCAAAAUCGGCGCGCGCUCCGGCAUACUCUUCAAUAACGCAAUGUCAGAUUUCGCCAUUGACGGUUUACAAAAUUACUUUGAUCUGCCCAAUAUGCCGCAGAGGAAUCGCAUUAAACCCGGCGCCUCGCCCAUGUCUUCCAUGAGUCCCAUUAUUGUAACCGAUCAGAGCGGCGAGGUGCGUUUGGUGACUGGCGCUGCUGGCGGCACAAAAAUUAUCUCCGUUCUGGUGCAUAUCUUGGUGCGAAUACUAUGGUUGGAGCAGAAUAUUAAACAGGCUAUUGAUGCACCGCGCUUUCAUCACCAAUUGGAACCGAAUAUACUCGAGUAUGAAUAUGGCAUAUUGCAGGAUGUUAUUAAUGUUUUGGAGGCGAAGGGGCAUAAGACCAAGCGCUAUAGGGAGCGUGGAUCUGCUGUUUGUGGUAUUGAACGUGUCGGCGGCAAAAUUUACGGAAAUGCUGACUAUCGUAAAGAGGGAGAUGUUAUGGGUUUCUAGAUAGUUUCUUUUUGCGAAGUGAGAAAUAUGUAGCUAUGAGCAACUCGAUUUUAUUUGCUAGUUUUAAGGAUAGUUAGAAGAAAAGAAGACUUACACAAAAGCUAAAAAGUAAUCGAACUAAAAAUCAACGCUUAACGAAGAUAAAAUGUUCAUAUGAAAAAGGUUUAAAAGUAUUAAUUAAAAUUUUAUGCUACUUUAUCAAAGUUAGUUAACGCGAGCAAUGAAACUUGCAAAUUUUCUUAAAUUAAUAUAAUGUGAUAUUCGAUUAAAAGCGUAGUUUAAUAUUUAAUUCAUCGAAAAGUCAAUAAGUAUUUAAAUUAUUUAAAUUUGAAAAAUGUCUAUUUAAAUGAAAAUAUUCCGAAAAUCUAAUACCCUCCAUAAACUUACCAAAUCUAAUUAAAACGUCAAGCAAUUUUUGUUCUCCUAGAAAGUAGGUUUUGUUUUUAUAACCUCGCAUAAUCAUUCAAACUCUAAUGUUUUGAAAUGAGCGCGUAAGGCCGAGGCCACGCAAUGAGCGGCAAAGCGGCGAGCCAGCUUUCGAUUGGGAGUUUAAAGUAAUUUUCUAACAGAAAAUGUGUUGAGUUGCAUUUUUUUUUUAUUUAUUGGAUGCUAAACUUAGUUUUAAGUCAUUUUCAACACGUGGCAAUACUAGUACUUUUUAAAG